AGGGGUGCAGGUCUGGGGGGGGCUCCUCAGAGAGCAGCUGCUGGGGGGCCCAGAAGGGUCCUGGGAGGAAGGCUCCCAGAAUGGCUGCGGAGUCAGCAGUGCUGCUGCUCCUCUUCCUCCUCUGCUUCGUGCGAGCCUGGGCAGAGCAGCGCCAGGCAGAGGUGGUUGGGGCAGUGCACGGAGAGGCUUUGCUCAGCUCCAGCCUGCAGAACGCCCUCUCGGUGCACCAAGUGCACUGGAGGCGAAACCACUCGCUGAAGGUGGCCAGCAGGGACAGCAGCCGCAGGGUGCAGUACCCCAACAGCCCCUACCGGGGCCGCCUGCAGCUGCUGCCCAACGACAGCCUCAGGAUCAGCGACCUGCGCCGCAGCGACAGCAGCACCUACCAGGUGUACCUGGAGGACGAGAUGGGCCAGGAGUACGUGGAGAGCAUCCUCCUGACGGUCUACGAUCAGGUGCCCAAGCCCUCGGUGAGAGCCAAAGUGAUCAACGACAACCCGGAGCUGUGCCAGGCCACUUUGGAGUGUGAGGUGGAGCUGGAGGGGGUGACCUAUGAGUGGAUCCUGCCCAGCAAGCUGCAGCUGGCAGCUCAGGGUGGUGCCAGGCAGCAGGUGGCCUUCAACCCCUCGGUGGAGACCUACACCUGCAGGGUCAGCAACCCUGUGUCCUCCAACAGUGCCACCCUCACCUACCACCACCCCUGCUCCUGGGCAGGUGAGUCCUCUGCUGCUGCCCCCUGUACCACCACCAGCCUGCUGCUGGCCCUGGCACACCUCCUGCUGCUCCUCCUCCUCCUCACUGCCGCCUGAGGAUGCUCCACGUUGCUGCCUCCUCCUCACCCUGCACCAGACAGGAGCCCCUGGGGGGGGUCCCACCCGCCCCGGGCAGGCUGGGUGCAGAGUGGGAGCUGGAGGGAAGCACCAGAGCCAGUGCCUGCUCCAGCAGCACCCUCCUGGGCUCAGCCCCAGCCCCAGUGCCUCAGUUUCCCUCCUCUCCUCCUCUGCUUUGCUCUCAGGGCAGGCCACGUCCUGCAGGUCUGCAGGAGGUGACCUCUGCUGCUGGGAGCAGCUCCAGGGCCUCAAAUGCUUCAUUAAGAGCUAAUUGCUUGGAAAUCUUCCUGCCCCCCAAGGCUGAGCUCUGUGGGGGAGGCCAAACAGAGCCAUUCUUGGACACCCCCCAGCCCCCGGGGUCCUCAGCCAUUGUCUGCUGACAACGAGACCCUGGGUAGGACCAAGGAGCAGUGUGGCAGCAGUGGGCACAGCUGGCUGCUGCCCAGCCUGCAGCAGCCCCAGCAGUGGGCAGAGCUAAGGUGGCACCUCCCAGAGGUUCCCUCCUGGGCAGGCUGCAGCAGGGCAGGUUUGGCCUCUGCCCUCAGCAGGGUCUCUCUCUGGGCAUUAAAAGCAUUUUCAGCUCCCCA